AUGGGGACCAAGCUACUGAUGAGUACCGCUUUUCACCCAGCUACUGAUGGGCAAACUGAGAGAACUAUUCAGACAUUGGAAGACAUAUUUAUCGAGGACACCGUGAAGCAAGUCAGGUUAAUUCAGGAAAAGAUAAGAGCCGCCCAAGAUCGACAGAAAAGCUAUGCCGAUUUGAAGAGGAGGGAUGAGGAGUACGAGGUUGGAGAAAGCGUCUUACUCAAAGUUUCUCCGACAAAAGGGGUAAUGAGGUUUGGAAAGAGAGGCAAGCUAAGCCCAAAGUACAUUGGACCCUAUAAAAUUUUGACCAGGGUUGGCAAGGUGGCUUAUCGUUUAGAGUUACCUAAUGAGUUAAGCAAGGUACAUAAUGUCUUUCAUGUGUCACAAUUGAGGAAGUAUAUUGCAGAUUCUUCUCAUGUGUUGCAGCCUGAAUCUAUCGAAUUGGAUGAGACCUUAACCUAUGAGGAAAGACCGAUUAAGAUCCUAGAUAGCAAAGUCCGUAGUACUAGAAACAAGGAUGUAAAGUUAUUGAAAGUUCUUUGGUCCAAUCACAAAACCGAGGAAGCGACUUGGGAGGCUGAGGACGAAAUGCGUAGAAAGUACCCAGAGUUGUUCAUUGAGGGAGCUUUGAUAAUCUUACUCAAGGAGUUUCAUGAUGUGUUUGUGUAUAGUUUUGAAGAGAUGCCUAGAAUUGAUCCUGAGAUAGUUGUUCACUGA